AUGAUGACGUUGAUCGUAUCACUGCUACUCGUGUCACUUUACGCCCAGCUCGGCGAGGGUUCCUUCUCGCUACUGAGCGCACCACGACAGACCUGCGCCGGGUAUGCCGGCAUCGCGGACGCGAUUGCCGCCCUCACCAAAACGAUUUCCAACCAAACGCCGGCCCAAGAUCCUUUGGUAAGUGUUCAGCUAAACCUUCAGCAACUGUUGCGGCUGGUCACGGUUUAUGACUCCUGCGACGACGUUACCGGACCAUCGGGAUUAUACCGCAUCCUGGACGGUAACGGCGUAAUCACGCACUACUACUGCGAGACGGAACUGUUCGGUGGCGGCUGGACGGUGAUACAGCGCCGCACGAACGGUCGAACUAAUUUCACGCGCAGCUUCAAUGAGUAUCGCGACGGUUUCGGACAUCCGGAGCAGGAAUUUUGGAUCGGUUUGACACGCCUCAACCUGAUAACGACACCGACCCAGUACGAGCUAGCGAUCCUGAUGGAUGCUUUCGAUGGUACUUCGACUUCCGUACGGUACACCAGCUUCAAAGUGGCACCGGAAACGGACAACUUCCGAUUGACAACGCUGAGCGGAUUUAGUGGCACGGGCGGGAACUCAAUGAGCGCCUCAGUGGGAAAGACGUUUUCCACGUUCGAUCGUGAUACGGAUGCGGCGGCCACGGUAAACUGUGCCCGAGUAGAGAGAGGAGGAUGGUGGUUUAGCGACUGCGGUGACAGCAAUCUGAACGGAUUUUACGGUGGUGCAACGCCUACAACCAGUCCCAGAACGUCCAUGGUGUGGGUAGGCUUCAAGGGGCCUUCACAAUCGCUCCGGACUUCCAUAAUGCUAAUACGCAAGAAACGAGCCUAA